GCCAUGUCUGGUCGCGGCAAGGGCGGAAAAGGACUGGGCAAGGGGGGCGCCAAGCGCCACCGCAAGGUGCUGCGCGACAACAUCCAGGGCAUCACCAAGCCCGCCAUCCGGCGGCUGGCCCGGCGCGGCGGCGUCAAGCGCAUCUCCGGGCUCAUCUACGAGGAGACCCGCGGCGUGCUCAAGGUGUUCCUGGAGAACGUGAUCCGGGACGCCGUCACCUACACGGAGCACGCCAAGCGCAAGACGGUCACGGCCAUGGACGUGGUGUACGCGCUCAAGCGCCAGGGCCGCACCCUCUACGGCUUCGGGGGCUGAGCGCCCGGGACCCGCCAUAUUUCCAAACACAAAGGCCCUUUUCAGGGCCGCCCA